UCAAUCAAUGUCUCACUUUUUUCUCAACCUCUCUUAUCAUCUUUUAGAACUUCACCCACCUAACCUCCUCUCUCUUUCUCUGAAACAGAGGAACACAAAAUGGUUUCUGCAUCGUCCAAGACCAAAGCUUUAGACCCUCCGCUCUACGCAUUAGGUUUCGAGAUCGAUGAGUUAUCUCCUACACGUGUCACAGGUCGUCUUCCCGUCUCUCCAAUCUGUUGCCAGCCUUUCAAGGUGUUACACGGUGGUGUAUCUGCUCUGAUCGCCGAGUCUUUAGCAAGUAUGGGAGCUCACAUGGCUUCUGGCUUCAAAAGGGUCGCUGGGAUUCAACUCUCGAUCAACCAUAUAAAGAGUGCUGAUCUCGGAGACCUUGUCUUCGCCGAAGCAUCUCCUGUGAGUACAGGAAAGACUAUUCAGGUUUGGGAAGUUAAGCUGUGGAAGUCAAAGGAAGGGUCAGAGAACAGAACCUUAAUAUCUUCCUCUAGAGUCACACUCCUCUGUAAUCUUCCUGUCCCUGAUCACGUCAAAGAUGCAUCAGACCCUCUCAAAUUGAUCUCUAAAUUGUAAAUCUCAAAAAGCUUCUUUUUCUCUGUCUCUGUUAUUGAUUGUGUUUUUCUUGAUAAUGCCUUUUAUUUCCACUUGUAUGUAUCGUCUUCUAAACAUAUUUACCCUUUCUGGGUGAUGAUAA